AAGACAAACAAACGCUAGAUAGUUUUGGUUACGAAGCAGAGAGCAAAUAUGCAGACCUAGCCACAGAUGGAGAGCACGAGAAGUGGUACUUCUUUAAGCGGUUUAAAAUGAAUCUUUUUGGACAGGGAUUUGGAAGAAAUCUUAUGCUGGAAGAUGCUAGCGGAAAAAAGAAACUAUUGGCUAAAACAGUUUUCUCUCUGUCCAUCAAAUAUCUGAAAGACGACCUUAUAAAGCUGUCGGAAAGUCGUAUUGCUGGUGGUGGACUCCGGGAUGAAGAUAUACACUGGGUUCUCACUGUGCCAGCAAUCUGGAAUGAUGCAGCCAAACAGUUUAUGAGAGAAGCGGCUCAGCAGGCUGGAAUACCUGAGGAUAUGCUGACAAUUGCGUUAGAACCGGAAGCAGCAAGUUUAUACUGUCGCCAUCUACCGGUAGAAAAGUGUGGCAGUGAUAAAACUUCGCUCGCGAAGUUUGGUCCAGGCAAACGGUACCUCGUUCUUGAUGCUGGGGGCGGAACAGUAGACAUCACUGUACAUGAGGUUAUGAGUGGUGGACAUCUUAAAGAACUCGACAAGGCCAGUGGCGGAGCGUGGGGAGGAGUGCAAGUUGAUGACGCUUUCUUUCGUUUCCUGUCUGAAAUUGCAGGUCAUUGUGUUAUGCCCAAGUUCAAAGACAAGCACAUGGAAGAUUACUUAGACUUGUUCCGAGACUUUGAAGUGAAGAAGCGAGAAAUCGGACCGAAGAAAGAUUCUAAAAUUACAUUCAGAAUUCCAACUGCACUGGCUGACCUGGUUAAAGAGAUGAAAAGUGAACCAUUAUCGGAAACAAUAAAGAAAACAAAAUAUUCUAGCCAGGUGAAGCUGGUAGGAGACAAACUGCGUGUUGAUCCAGCUGUUGUAAAAGGAUUCUUCGAACCAUCUGUGGAUAGCAUCAUUAAACACGUGAAAGGUUUGUUAGGAAGCAGAACCAACAGCGGGAUUGAAGCUAUCCUCAUGGUUGGUGGAUUUUCUGAAUCACCGAUGUUACAGGAAACUGUUAGGAGUAGUUUUCCAGGUUUAAGGAUAAUUGUCCCCGAUGAAGCAGGACUCGCCGUUCUCAAGGGGGCUGUUAUCUUUGGUCACAGUCCAGCGACAAUUUCACAAAGAGUGAGCAAAUACACAUAUGGAACCGAUGUAUCACUGCUUUUCGAUGCGGCCAAACAUCCUUUCGAGAGAAUGAAAAUUACGGAUAACGGUGUAAGAUGUGAAAAUGUCUUCUCGAAGCUUGCAGAAGCAGGUCAAACAUUGGUGGUUGGAGAGGCUCAAGAUGAACAAACGUAUAACACUAUAUCAGAAAACCAAACAGAAAUGGGUAUGAAUAUCUACGCUACUAUGGAUAAGACGCCAGAUUUUAUCGAUGAUGUUGGAUGCUACAAAAUUGGGACAUUCUCUGUUCCCGUCUCUGGAAGUGGUGUAGGUCGGAAAGUCGCAGUCAAGAUGAUCUUUGGAGGGACUGAAAUUGAUGUUGAGUGUAAAGAGGUUGCAACAGGAAAAACCACACACUUGAAAGUAGAUUUCCUGUCUUAGAGCUAGAGUACAUUAAUCGUGUUACACAACAAUGUAUUACUGUUGGAAAGUUUAAACAACUGAUACAGGGAAAAGACAGACUAAUUGGAACCUGAUUAGAAAACACUGUUAUUAUAAUGCCAGAAUAACCACUGAAACAUGAAUUUAAAAUAUUAUCUCUUACGUAAAUGAUACGACGUCAAACUAAUAUCGGUUUUUAACAUCGAAGUUCAUGUGAUAAUAGCCGCUAACCGCAAAUAUAAAACCUAAAGUAUAUGCAGAUACUGUAUGCUUUUGAUUGAUCAGGAAUAUUUCCAUGUAGUUUAAGAUAUGACGUAACAUAGACAAGAAUUAUUAUCAACGCCGGUUCCAAGGCUUAUUUUCUAUCAUAAAAGAAAAUGUCGAUGAAAUACAAAUAUAAAUGUUUACUAUUCCCUGAAAAAGAUGCCGUUGAAGAAACAAAACAGAAGUCGAUAAAAACGUAUUAUGAAGAUGCCGAGGGGAACAUCUUAAGGCGAUUCUAAGUACUGAUUGAGAUGUGCUUUAGAUGUAAAAUAUAGAAAAAUUGAUCAGUUUUGUUUAUUUAAAGAAGAAAUUAUCAGAGGAAAUUUUUGUAACUGUUGUGUAUUUGUUAGAAAUGAAAUGUGUAACAAAGACGUAUUAUUUUGUAAAUAAAAUAUUAUGAAAUGAAAUCAA